AUGUCUAGAUUCAACAGGAGUUUACCGCAAAGGACUAAUGGGCAUGAUUAUUCAGCUAAAAAACAAGAGAAUAACUUUAACAACAAUGAUGUCAAUGUCAAUGUCAAUGGCAAUGGAAAUGGCAAUGGCAAUGUCAAUGGGCAAAUUCGCGAGAUGUCGAGGCUAAAUGAAUAUGAAGUCUUGCAAAAGUUGGGCCAGGGCACAUUCGGGGUUGUUCAGAAAGCAAGAGAAAAAAAAACGGGAGAGAUUGUAGCCAUCAAGCAACUUCUUAAUCAUCUGGCCAAAGAAGGAUUUCCCAUCACGGCAAUGAGAGAAAUCACCAUAUUAAAACAAUUGCACCAUCGCAAUAUUCUCACUAUAAAAGAUAUGAUUUUCGAAGAAGCCGAAAAGUCAAGUUCAUCCGAUCUGGUCCCCAAGCGAGGAUCAUUCUAUACAGUUUCGCCAUAUAUGACUAGUGACUUAGUUGGGAUCCUCGAAAACCCAACUAUCACAUUACACUUGAGUGAGAUCAAGUGCAUUAUGAAACAACUUCUCGAAGGGAUUCAGUAUAUACACGAGGCAAAUUAUCUCCAUAGGGAUAUCAAAGCUGCCAAUUUACUUUUAGACAGAAACGGGGUUUUGAAAAUUGCAGAUUUUGGAUUGGCAAGGUUAUACCAUGGCAAUGUGCCACGAUUAGGAAUGGGACCCGGAGGCGGAGAAAGAGCAUACACAGCACUCGUGGUGACACGAUGGUACAGACCACCCGAAAUCUUAUUGGGCGAGAGAAAAUAUACUACGUCAGUUGACCUUUGGGGUAUAGGAUGUGUAUUUGCUGAACUUUUCACAGGUAAACCCAUCCUUGUUGGACAAACUGAUGCACACCAAGCGCAACUCAUAUUCAACUUGGUAGGACCACCAAGUUCUUGGCCAGAGGCUGCAGCAUUACCAAAUAAGACAGAUUUUAGCAUUGGUUUAACCUGCACACGAAGCUUGGAGUCUAAGUUUGAAUCAAUUAUGCCAGCAUCAGCAAUCAGGUUGUUGAGUGGAUUCCUCACUUUGGAUCCUUAUAAAAGGUUAAACGCUUUGGAUGCGUUAGAGCAUGAGUUUUUCCAUGAAGAGCCGUUACCAAUAACUUCUGAACAGAUGCCAAGGUUUGAGGAGUGUCAUGAAAUAGAUAAAGAAAGAUUCAAGGCAAUGAGAAACAACAUACAAAAAGGUGGCAAGCUUGCAGAUAAGGUGCAGUAUAAAGAUUCAGGAAGAAAUGAUUACAAACAUUUUGACAAAUACAACCAAGGAACAAAAGAGUAUGAUGAGUCAGCUAAGCGAUACGAUGAUGGAGUGUCAAAGUAUCAGUCAAACAAUUAUGAUAGUAUGGACAAAGAACAAAAUCGAAGCAUGGAAAAGAACUCACAAUGCGUCAAAAAUUCUCUGAGAGAAAGACAGUAUGCAGAAAAGCGUUACUAUUAUGACGAGGGCCAAGACUAUCAAAGCGGGUAUCGAGCUAAUUCCAACUUUGAUCGUGAUAGUCGCAACCGUAAUCGUAAUCGUAACUGGAGUCGAAGUCGGAGUCGGAGUAGGAGUCGGAGUCGAAGCAGAAGUCGAAGCCGAAGUCCCAAACGACGCGACUCUCAUCGUGAUACCCAUUAUGAUCAUGCAUACGAUGAUAAAGGAUAUAGAGAUGAUUAUAGAUCACACCUGCGAAAUCCAACUGGUAGGGGAUACUAUAAAGAAGAGGAACAUGAUAGAUAUCGCGGUUACGAUCAAGAAACACAUAGGUAUAGAGAUUCACGUCAUUACGAUUACGUUCCUCGAAAUUCGCGUUCAUCCGGACAGAGGUGGCGUGAAGGAGAUAAUCAUAAGCUUGCUGGUGCGUCUUUGUAUGACGAUACUAAGCUGAAAUCGCAGCAACCACAACAAGUGGGCGAACAUGAUACAUAUUUGCCUAAAAAGCCCAAUUUUGGAGAUGAUCAAAGACAGUGGCGCGGUGAUCAACAAAAUUUGGAACUGAAUGUUUCAGAACGAAAUAUACAAGCGGUUGAGAGUAUCGAGAAGAAUGAGCUUGAGGUGAAUGCAAAUCAGAAAGCACAAAAUCAAGAUGAGUAUAAUAUGAGCUUAGAACGUAGUCAAUCACCUAAAAAAGACAGUUCAAGAGCAACCUCUGGUUUGACGACAAAAGAUAGCAUUUUCAUGCCCAAAAAGAGUACACCACCCGUGAGGAAGAAACAACAGACUUCAUCAGUACCUAAUGAAAAAAGCUCCUUGGAUUCUCCGUCGUAUUCAUCAGCAAAGGAUGAAGAAAGUUUCAAUUCUGACACAACAACGAAAAAAUAA